AUGAAGAUCAUUAUGACAGCUUCAGAUGAUCAUACAAUUGGAAUAUUUGACAGAGAAAACCAAGAUAACGAUAUAAUCGAAGCGCACGAAUCUCCUAUUACAGAUAUUAAAAUUUCUCCAGAUGGUACAUUAUUUGCCACAGCUUCAACAGACAGAACAACAAAGUUAUGGAAUUUUUCUACAAAAGAAACAAUUUUUACAACUAAAACGCAUAAACAAAGUGUAUCAUGCGUAUCAUGGUUUCAAGAUUCGUCUAAAAUUGCUACAGGUUCUCAUGACGGAUCCGUUAUUCUUUGGGAUGCCAAAGAAUGCGAACGUUUAUUAAUUAUGAACGGAAUUAAUGGCUGGGUUAAUGACGUCCAAGUCCACGGAGAUCUCGUAGCAAUGGCCGGAAACGAUAGAAACAUUAUUAUUUAUGAUCAAAGAACAGGCAAAGCAGCGCAAAAAAUCUCAACCCGUACUGAGACAGAUAUAUCUUCUCUUUCAUUCCAUCACUUAGGAUCUUGUCUCGCCGCAAGUUCUAAUGAUAACAAGAUCAGAAUGUUCGAUUUAAGGACAACAAACAUUGUUCGCCGUCAGAGAGCUCACUGCGAAGGAAUCACCAGAGUCUCGUUCAAUCCUAAUACAGACGACUAUCUAACAGUUUCCAAAGAUGGUUUUGUUAGAUUAUGGUCAUUGAAAUCAUCAGACAUCAUAACUUCAUUCCAGCAGCAUGAUUCUGGUGUUAACAAUGUUACAUGGUGUUCUGAUGGCAAACACUUUGCAACAUGUGGCGAUGAUCGCAAAAUUUGUGUUUGGUAUCAGAGCAAGGAAAAUGAGGAAGAUUUUGAUGGUGGAGAUGUACUAUCUUCACUUAAUACUAUUCAGCAGCAACUCCGCGUUCUAACUUCAGCAAUGAAAAGAUUAGAUGAAAGAUUAUUAAUCCAAGAAGGAAAAGUUCGCUUCCUCCAAGAUAUUGAUCGUCCAAUUGUAAAAGCUUAUCUUAGAGCUUCUAAAUAA